GGAAGAAAGGGUGUAACAGGGGGCGUGACAAGUUGCAGACAUGCGCAGAUCUUGCUGCUGGUGCUGGCGACGUCAGAGGAAAGGGAGGCAAGAUAUAAGGCUCCGAGCGCAAGUUGUCGCCCUCUCUAUUCUGGGCCGAAGUCAGCAGAGAACACUUGCUGCAGCAACCACCACCGCAUCAUCCUCAGUCUCGUUGAUUCUUGCCGCGCCCAGUCACCGCUCUCCUAUUUUCAAGAUGUCCGCCCGAUUCCAGCUGUUGGUUCUGGUCGUCUGCCUCUCCUUGUGCUCCGUGCCCUCCCGCGCCGUCUUGGGCCGCAGCCUCAGCCACCUGGUGAACCAGCAGCCCCUCCUCUUCGGCCGCCGGGGCAUCAAUCCCAACAUGAACUCCCUCUUCUUCGGCAAGCGAACGCCUUCCGACACCACUUCCGUUCCAGUCGCCAUGGACGAUGUCCGGCACGCAUGCGCAGUGCUACUUUCUUCCUACAGACAGGAAGUGACUGUGGAUGAAGACAACGAGAGCUAAGCGUCCGGCUGCCUAGAUGAGGCGUAUUUUCGGCUUUUCACAUCCCUGUUGACAAGCAUCAUUUCUGCGCGCAACAAACCGCGUUACGACCACGUGACCUGAAACUAAAUGAGCCGCGUUCGCCCAUUGGCUGAGAUGUGCAUGCGUGUGGCGCCGUUUGUGUACUGCGUGGGACUGUUGCUUGUGUACCCUACAACUAUCAAUACACAACUGUUCUUUUAGCAACACUCGUGUCUGUGCAACCUCUGUCUGUCGAAUAAAUAGCAUAUCAUUUUGGACAUUUGAUAAACACGAGUGACUGACAAAGUCCACCGCUUGUCUUUUUAUUAUUAUUCCUUGAAAUACUUAUCAUCUGAAAUAAACAACAUUAAUAUUUCACAUAGUUUAAUUAGAACAUUGAAAUGAUUACUGAUAAGCAACUGUUGUACCGGGAGAGGUUUUGAUAAAUAAACGAUGCAGUUGUGUUUA